AGUCUCAGAGCUGGCGUCCCAGUACGUGGCGAGCUGGCGGGAGCUUUGGAGCGGCGGGUCGCUGCAUCCGCGUUGGGUGUCGGGAACGUGGCGGCUGGGCGGAGAUUGCCAGAGUCUGAAUCCUGGUGUAACACUUCUCAUCUGUAGACCUAUGAGAAGAUCUUGAAACUGUCUACCUCAGUUUCCCUGUCUGUAAAAUGGGCUAAUAAUAGUGCCUAGGGCAUAAGGAUGUCAAGAGGAAUAAAUGAAUUUAACUCAUUGGCUUAGAGCAAUACCUGAUACUAUACCCAGAGACGGCACCCAGGGAUUGUAGCUAUUGGAGGUUUCAUAGCAUCAACUGGAAUCAAUUUGCAUUUCAAAAUUGGAUCAGCACAAAGACUAGAUAUUGUGGAAUGACUAGCAAACAAGCAAUGUCAUCUGAUGACCAAGAAAGGCUCUUGUGUUACAACGGGGAAGUCCUUGUUUUUCAGUUGUGUAAGGGAAAUUUUGCAGAUAAAGGACCUGUAAAAACACCCAUAUUACAAGUCCGAAGAAUGGUUUUUGACACAGGAACAAGAACAUUUGUUCAGAAGUCCAUUGGAAUAUUCAGAUUAAAGAAAGAAAAAAACUCUCAUUUUAAAAUCACAUGUUGCAACUGUGUAUCUGAUUUCAGAACUGGAAUCAACCUCCCUUACAUUGUGUUACAAAGCAAUAAAAAUAGUAAUAUUAUCCAAUACUUGCUACUAUUUCUUCACAGUACUAAUAAAUUUGAAAAGCGUUUGAGUUUUAAAGUAGACCAUGAGUUGAAGGACAGCAUAAGGGUCCUUAAUGGCCCUUUAGUUUUAUGGCAGUGUGUCAGCACAUUAUUCAUUAUUUCUUCCAAAACUGGCAAUAUUGUUAGUGUGUCAGACACCUUCUCCUCUGUUAUAUGGGCAGGGGAGAUUGGAAAUCUAGGUACUGUUUUAUUAGGAGUAAAGAAACGCUGUUUUUCUGAGGAAGGAUCCCAGAAGCCUUCAGAACCAGAUUAUGCAAUUUGGAAUACCAAGUUUUGUUUAUAUGCACUUGAAAGUAAGGAAAUACUAAGUGAAGCAUAUAUUAUCCCUGCUGCAUAUAGCGGUGUGACUUGUGUGCAUGUCUGCGCGACCGAAAUCGUCAACAACCAGAUAAGAAUAUCUCUGCUUGCCCUUACUCAAAAAAAUCAGCUGAUUUCAUUCCAAAACGGGACUCCUAAAAGUGUAUGCCAGCUUCCAUUUGGCGAUCCCUGUGCAGUUCAACUUAUGGAUUCAGGUGAAGAAAACCUCUUUUUCAUUGUAUCAUUUAGGUCCAAUGAUGCUUGUGCUGUUUGGAAAAAGAACUUUCAGGUUGCUGCUAAGUGGGAAAAAGUUAAUUCAGUACUGAUAGAUGAUUUUGUUGGAACUGGAACUGAUCAAGUGUUGGUACUUUUUAAGAACUCCUUGAACUCAGAUUGCCUGACUUCAUUUAAACUAACAGAUCUUGGCAGCAUAAACUAUUCAAGUGAACCAUUGGAUUUCAAUGAAGAUGAUUUAUUUGAAGACAUACAAGAUAAUCGUCACUUGGUGAUUCCUCCUCUUCAAGGAAGAGUGAAAGUUGGAUUAGCUUAUAUUCAGGAAUUACAGAAGCAGCUCUUGCUGAAGGAAAAAAUUAUUUCACAAUCGUUCAAAGCGUUAAUGAAUGUGUUUCAAGACAGAGAUAAUAAUACACCAGUUACAGAGGAGGCUAAUCUUGUCCCUCUUUGGGGUGAAGAAGAAAACUGUGUCCCUACCUUGGAUAUGAAGUUAUCAGACAGUUUUCAAGGUUCAGAACAGCUAGUCGAGGAAAUAUGGUACCGUGUAAUGGAUGAUAACUUGGUUGUUGGAGUGAAGGUCACACCUUCCUUGAAGGCGUCCUUGAAUGAUGUGACUGUAUCUCUGCUAAUGGAUCAAGCCUAUAGUUCCAGCUUUCGGCCUAUUAAGUGUCAGAAUAAGGUGAUUAAGUUGAGUACAGAGUCUUGCGCAGCACCACACUUGAUACCAUACCAAAUAGGAUCAUAUGCAAAAAGGGUCAAGUUGACUCUUUAUAGUCAGCAAGAAGAAAAAUCUGUUUCUGAAAAACCACCUAAGAAAGACAGUAUACAGCUGGUUACUGCUGUCACAUCUCUUUCACCACUUUUAGCAUUCCAUAAAUUUUGUUGUAUUGUGGUGCUACAAAUUAGGGGAAGAAAAAAUGGUAACUACCCUGAAGAUCGUUAUAUUCCAUGCGGCAGAGUUUUCUUGAGUCUAGAAGAUCUUUUGAGUGGAAAAUACUUGAUUACACUUCCAAAGAAGAAACCUAUAGAACACAUGGAAGAUCUUUUUGCACUUCUUACAACAUUGCACAAGUCUUGUUUUCAAAUCACAUCACCCAACUAUGUCCUGAAUGCUGUGAAGGUGUGGCUCUUAGAACACAUGCAUUGUGAAGUAAUCAAAGAAUUUCCAGAAAUGUGCUUUUGUAAAAGGCCAGGAAGUUUCUAUGGGACACUCUUCAGCUGGAAACAAAAGUCACCAUUUGAAGGGAUUUUAAUUGUCUACUCCAGGAAUCAAACAGUUUUGUUCCAGUGCCUUCAUGAUCUCAUCCAAGUUCUCCCUGUAAACAGUUUCUUCAGAAAUUUAAAAUCAGAACAUGAGGAUUUCCUAAUUAGUCAUUUGGCAUUAAGUUUGGAGGAGGAACUGGUUACCCUUGAUUCUCUUUCUUCUAUCUUAACUAAGGUCGAAAGCAACUUUUUGCAGAGGUGUGAAGAGAGCAAAAGAGGAAAGAGUAGUACUGUAGCUGAUUCAUCAGACAGAGAGGAAGAUAUCCAUUUGUAUAGCAAAGAACUUCAGAGAGAAAAGAAAAUAUUGAGGAAACAUAGAAAAGUGAGCGGUGCCUUUUACAGAGAAAUUAUUUUCAAAGUAGUUGAGAGGCAGUUGAAAUCAGACGUCAUAGCACAGAAACUGACCCAUUUAUAAGUUUUAAAUUGGUCAUAUUCUAAAAUAGGUUUUUCACUGCCUUAAAGUUUUGGUUCCAGUUGUUAUAUAAGUCCUUUGCAAAAAUAAAGAUUCAGUCUUAUUGUAGUAUAAUCUUAGUUUUGAUGAUGUAUAAAGUCGUAUGUAUUAGCAGCAGUUCUCAACUGGGGCUAUUUGGCUAUGUUGAAGACAUUUUGUGGUUUGUCAGAGGUUGUGGGGUCAGGGAGAGAUGAGAUGAGGGUUGCUAGAGGCAGCUAGUGGGUAAAGAAAGCCAGGAACGCUGCUAAUAUCCUGUGAUUUCUAGGAUACUCCCCCACCCCCAACAAAAUGAUAUGGCCCAAAAUGUCAGUAAUGCAAAGGCUGAGAAAUGCUGUCUCACACUUACUACUUAAGGAGGACAGAAAUGAUAGAACAGAAUCUGGUGUAAAGUCUUUAAAGCGCUUCAUCCUCUUCUUGUCCUCUGCUGAAUAAAAUCUAACAUACAGAAGUCAAUUUCAAAUGGAUAAAUUCUGCCAGGUUGUCAGGAUUUAUAAGUUUCUGUAAAUAUUAAACUCCCCUGUGUCGCUCCCCCUCUUCGUGGAGGAGCGACACUAAACCCUGCGCUGUUCUUUCGUCUGCUCGGCCCUCCCCGGGUUUGCUGCUGGUUCUUCCCGGGUUGGCUACUAUCCCUUCCACCUCCGUGGAAGGGCGGUUCCCCCUGGCCGCAUUCCCCACUUCCGCAGGGGAGCGGCACACUGCCGGCCGGCUCUUCUCGGGGGCUGCACAGGUGUUCCUUCAGCUCGAUGUUCCCCUUAGAUGUUCCUCGUGCAUGCCGUCUCUCUCCUCCUUUAUAGUCCUCUUCCACCAAUCCCAACUCUGCUACCCACACGCCGAGUACACUGCUCUCCUCCAAUGAAUAGCAAGUCCUACAGUUUAUUAGUUGAACUGGAGGCAGCUGUGUAGAAGCUGUUUCCUCCUCUCCCAGCGCCAUAUUGUGGGAGAGCAGAUGCAUAGAAUAAGUCUUAAUUCCAGUAACUUAGUCUAGUCCGAGUUGCUCCCAGUUGCUCCCCACAGAUCCCCCUUUCUUUUUAUUUUUGGCGUUGAUACGUGCCUGUCUUCGGUGCCCCGCAGCACACACUCUGCUCUGCUUGCUAGAGUUGCCCACAGGUUCUUACAAGUCCUAUCAAUCAGGCAAACCAAAUCCGGGUCCUCUCUUCGCCAUGUUGUGAGGAGGUUUUUAGGUGCUGAUGCGUGCCUGUGUUCGGUGCCCUGCAGCGCAUGCUCUGCUCUGCUAGAACUGCCUGCAGGUGCUUACAAAACCUAGCAAUCAGGCAAACCGAAUCCAAGCCUUCUCAUUGCCGUAUUGUGGGGAGACUUAUUGGUGUUAAUUCGUGCCUGUCUUCGGUGACCUGCAGCGCAUAAGCUGCUAGCCGCCCGCAGGUGCUUAUCGUCCUAAUCAGGCAGACCGAAUCCAAGCUCUCUCAUUGCCAUGUUGUGGGGAGGCCUUUCUCUAUUUCUCUAUCUCCGGGCAUUCCUAUCUCUCCUAUUUUACUUCUAUCUACCAGCAUUCCUAUUUCUCUCAUUUUACUUCUAAAACUUCUGUUUCUCUUAUCCCUGCGGCUUCCCGGCGCCCGCCCCGAGGCUGCUUCUCGGCGGCUUCCCAGCUCUGAGCCACUUCAGCCCGCGCCGGUGCCCGCCCUGCAGUGGGCUCCCGGCUCUGCGCGGCUUGGCUUCGUGGGCUCCGCGGUCUCCACGCCCUUCGCGUCCACACCACGGCCUCGCGCCAGCCCCGCGUUCCUUAUCUAUUCACGCCCCGUGCUCUCUCUGCACGCGGCAGCUUCCGCGAGUCACACAGCAUAGCUUACGUCUCAGCCACUAGUAUUCAAUCCAAGUUCCCCGGACUAACCUGGCGAAUUCCAACCUGGCGGCCCACGUCUCUGGUUCCAGAUCUUCGCCUCUUGCUCCCUGGGGUGACUUGAAGAAUUCCAAGGUGGCUUACGUUUCCGCCUCGGCCUGCACUCGCGGCUUCAUCCUCCCUAACAUUUUUCUCUACCCGGUAUGUUUCCCUAAGUUUUCUUCCAACAAUAUUCCUCCCUCAUUUCUCCUGGCUUCUCCCCACAGUCCGUAUCCGAGUCUAAGUUUCUUCUAGGUUUCACUUUCACUUUCAACCUGCAGUCCGUAUCUAAGUCUAAGUUUCUUCUUGCUUUCACUUUAAAUCCUAACUUCUUUCCCACAGUCCAUAUCCGAGUCCAAGCCUCCUCCAGGUUUCACUUUCGCUUUCAAUCUCCUAGCUUCCCCGCCAUAGUCCGCAUCCAAGUCUAUGAAAGCUUUCACUUUCGCUUUCAAUCCUAACUUCUUUCCCACAGUCCAUAUCCGAGUCUAUGCCUAGGCUUUCAAUAGCUUCUUCCGGCACCUAGGCUCUUUGCUAGUCUCUCUCUCCGAUAUUUUCCACUUCUUCCCGUUUCUUCCCUCCUAAGUUUCCUAUCCGUCCUAGGUUUCCUAAUCCGAGUCAGGUUUCCUAAUCCGAGUCAGGUUUCCUAUCCGAGUCAGGUUUCCUAUCCGAGCUAGGUUUCCUAAUCCGAGUCACGGCACCAUUAUGUCGCUCCCCCUCUUCGUGGAGGAGCAACACAGGACCCUGCCUAGGCUUCCUAUCCGAGUCACGGCACCAUUAUGUCGCUCCCCCUCUUCGUGGAGGAGCGACACUAAACCCUGCGCUGUUCUUUCGUCUGCUCGGCCCUCCCCGGGUUUGCUGCUGGUUUUUCCCGGGUUGGCUACUAUCCCUUCCACCUCCGUGGAAGGGCGGUUCCCCCUGGCCACAUUCCCCACUUCCGCAGGGGAGCGGCACACCGCCGGCCGGCUCUUCUCGGGGGCUGCACAGGUGUUCCUUCAGCUAGAUGUUCCCCUUAGAUGUUCCUCGUGCAUGCCGUCUCUCUCCUCCUUUAUAGUCCUCUUCCACCAAUCCCAACUCUGCUACCCACACGCCGAGUACGCUGCUCUCCUCCAAUCAGGAGCAGGUCCCACAGUUUAUUGGUUGAACUGGAGGCAGCUGUGUAGAAGCUGUUUCCCUUCUCAGCGCCAUAUUGUGGGAAAGCAGAUGCAUAGAAUAAGUCUUAAUUCCAGUAACUUAGUCUAGUCCGAGUUGCUCCCAGUUGCUCCCCACACCCUGAAAACUUCAAUGGCAGCAUAUCUGGGUGAGACUCUGAAAAUGAAAGUUUUCAAAGCCGUUGUUAAUUUAACAUUUAUUAGAAAGAUGCUCUGAAAUUGUGUAAGUGUAUAUAGGAAUGUAGGAUGUUAAGGCGUAUUUCUGAAAAGCGUAUCUCUUUCAGAAGGUUGAGUAUACCUCACAGGCCACUAUUUUUAAAACAUUGAAAAAUGCUUUUAAGCCAUCUGAAAUUCUAACUCUAGGCAAAGCUGAAAUAUAAAAUUCUAACUAAAAUAACUUAAAGAAUAUAGUGCUCCUUAGGGACUGAGACAUUUAAAAAUAAGUGAAAAUGUACUUCAGUUAUGAAGGGAUUUAUAAGGCAGCCUGUGAGAGACAUUUCAAAGGGGUAAAAUUUCAACCUAGUCUAUUUUUUUUAGAAAAAUAUGAAUUCUGGACUGACAGUGUCAAGAGAGAGAAAAAGACACAAAAGGAUAUGGGCCCAAAGAUGCUCUUGAUCCUUUGUGCUCUAGAAUCCUUAAGUGAGGUGGAUGCUUCUAUCCCGGUUGAAAGAAAGAAAGAUGAUCCCAGAACGUGGCAUUUAUGCUGGCGGCUAUGAAGUACUGAUUUCUCUCUUGCCUUAGACGUGUUUUUACUUAAUGAACUGAUCAUGCAAAUGAUUGCUAGAGAUUAUUGCUUAUUAGUUUCGUGUCUUGAUUUUUAUGAUUGUCCAUAUAAUGCACUGCCCUUUUUCUGCUAAGCCAUUGCACAGUGAGGUAGAACUCUACAGCUUGCUUUCUGUGUAAUGUUGAUGGAAACUAUUUCAGACUUUUUGCAAAUGGGAAUGGAAUAAAUUCACGAUUAAUUUUAAAAA